AUGGGUUCUUUCGAAGAGCUUAUCGACACCGCUGUGCGGGAUCGUGAUAUCCCGGGCAUUAUGCUUCAUGCUCAAGACAAGUCAGAUGAUAAUAUCCUUACUCUUGCCUCCGUCACAAAGCUUUUCACUACGAUCGCUGCCUUGCAGCUCGUAGAACGUGGUAUCCUAACCCUUGACGGGGAUGUAUCAAAACACAUUCCGACACUAGCACAGAAACUCGUCUUGACUGGCUUCGCGGACUCCGGCAAGCCCAUCGAGGUACAGCGCAAGAAGCCCAUCACUCUGCGCCACCUUCUCACGCAUAGCGCCGGUAACAGCUACGACUUCCUCAGCGAUGCGACGCGAGAGUGGCAGUCCUUCCACGGCCUCAAACCAACCCGCGGGUCUACCGUCGAGGAGCGCUUCGGGUACCCGUUGAACUACGAGCCGGGAGAAGAUUGGGCCUACAGUUGCAGCUCGGAUUGGACGGGGAAGCUGAUUGAGAAUGUGUCUGGGAAGUCGCUUGAGCAGUAUAUGCGGGAAAACAUAUGGGACCCGGUUGGCGCAUCAAGUUUCACGUUCAACGUUGAGUCUGUCAGAUCCAAGCUUUGGGGGAUGAACACCCGGGACAGGGACACGGGGAAAAUUAUCCUCCAUCGCGGAAGGGAGUUGAAUCACGGAGUUACCGAAUGUCUUGGUGGACAAGGAUCCUAUGGCUCGGCUCCCGAUGUCAUGCGAGUCUUGCAUUCGCUGCUGGUUGACGAUGGAAAGCUACUGCGUCCAACAACGACUUCCGAGAUGUUCAAGCCCCAACUAUCAUCACAGGCUAAGAGGAGCCUGUUGAAGGCGAUGGAAGAGCCCGAGUGGGCAGUUGGUCACUUCCCUGUGACGGGCGAGUAUGAUUGGGGCCUUGGAGGUCUGCUUGUUGAUGGACACAGUCACCCAUACCGGCGCAACGCAACUCUGAUGUGGAGUGGUGCAUCAAACGUUUUCUGGUGGAUCGAUCGCCAAGCUGGGCUUUGUGGCUUCUUUGCGACGCAGAUGCUCCCUGCGGCAGAGGAAGGAAUCCGGCCGUACAUCAAGGCAUUUGAAGAUGAGAUGUACUCGAAGGUGAAGGGUAUGAAGACUCGCGCAGUGCUUUGA